AUGCCUGUGUGGACACCCUCCUCACUAACUUACGUACCUCCAAAAGAACAAUCUCCCAAUGUCCAGACUGCUCUCGCGUUCAUCGAAGCGCGCAACGCUUGGUUUUCUCGGGCUGCUUGCUCCAGUGGUGUCGGUCAAAUGAUGUCGCUCUUUGAUGAGAGCCUGGAGCAUCGCAUUUUGCCACAAUCUUUGGGUAGGCCAGUCCUCAACAAGAAUCAAUACAGGGAGUAUGUACAAGGCUUGCUUCGUUUCAUCCGAGACUACAAGAUAUCGUUGCAUGAAUUAAUCGAGUCAAACGACAAUUCCAUCAUUAUUCAUGCUUCUUCGGUGGGGGCGAGUUUAAGCGGAGCUACAUUCAAAAACGAGUAUAUGAUCAUCCUUCAUUUUACGCCUUCCACCGAACUGGGAGAACUACCCAAAAUAACCAGUGUAAAAGAGUUCGUUGACAGUAAAACAACUGCCGAAUUCUUCCAAGAGGAGAGACGGAGAGCUAAGCUCAAAUAA